AUGGGCGCCGCAAAGAACACCACCCCCCUCGCCCCCUCCUCCCAAACCCGUAACAAACCUUGGCGAAAGACCCCCCUCGUCGAGAGCACCCCCCUCUCCAAAGCAGCAGGAUGCAGAAUCUUUCUCAAGCUCGAGAAUUUACAACCCUCGGGCUCGUUCAAAUCCCGUGGGUUGGGUAAUCUUGUCUUGCAGUCCAUGGAGCGGGCGCAGGAUCCCGAGAGGGUGCAUUUUUAUGCGAGUAGUGGGGGGAAUGCUGGGUUGGGGUGUGUUUAUGGGGCGAAUUUUGUCGGGAGGCCUAGUACUGUCGUCGUCCCAAUCACCACAAAACCACACAUGAUCGCCAAGAUAAAAGCCGCCGGCGCGACGGAAGUCCUUCAACACGGUCCUUCGAUCCGAGAGGCAGAUGCCUACAUGAGGGAAGUCGUCAUGAAGAAGGCCUAUGAGAGAGGUGAAGAACCCAUCUACGUCUCUCCUUUCGACCAUCCGGAUAUCUGGGACGGCCAUUCGACCAUGGUCGACGAGAUGCGUGAUCAGUUCGAAGAGCUCGGCGAGGAACCCCCUGAGUAUGUCGUCUGCAGCUGCGGUGGGGGUGGACUCUUCAUCGGCAUCAUGCAAGGCAUCGAGGACCUAGGCAGUGCGUGGCGGGAUACGAAAGUCUUGACCGUGAAUACUGUCGGGGCGGACGCUUUGCCGAUCAGUCUGGAGAAGGGAGAGAACAUAACUCUGCCGAAAAUCACCUCCAUCGCCACGAGUUUGGGAUGUGCCAAGGCAGCCGACCGGGCUUUUGAACUCGCCACCGAAGGCCACCAAACCGGCAGAGUCAAGAGCGUCGUGCUCAGCGACGCCGAAGCCGCCAUGGGAUGUUGGCGAUUUGCAGAGGAUGAGAGGAUCCUCGUCGAAGCUGCAUGCGGCGUCAAUGUCGCGUUGUGCUACGGCAAUCGGUUGAAGAAGGCGCUUAGUCGACCCGUGCGUCCAGAGGAUAAGAUCGUGCUGGUCAUUUGUGGCGGCUCGAAUGUUUCGACGUCGAUGAUUGAAGGCUGGAAGCAGCAGUAUGGCGAUUUGGAUGCUGCCAAGACGAACGGACAUUCGGCUGAUGUUCCGAGUGCUGUGUUGGCAUCGAAUGGGCACUGUUGA